UCAUUCUCUCUUAUUUUCUUUAAUGUGAGACUAAUUUCAUAAUUCCUACACUCUUCACACUUAUAACAUUAACAACUAGGAUAUCCCAAAAGGUGUGCAUAAGCAUGAUUUGGCUCUGCAUAAGUAACAAGACACACUUCACACAAUUUUGCUGACCAAACUUCUUAAUUUUCAUCUCAUUCUUCAUGUAUCUUCUGCCAUCUAAUUUAGUUACCUAUUCUGAUUCCAAAUCUUUUUGUUUGAUGAUAUCUUCAUACAUUGUCAACACCAAAUAUAAUAUCUAAUAAUGGCCUUGGUUCUCUUGUUUGUGACGGUGGUAUUGUUUAGUGUUUGUGAGGUUUCUAUGAAUGCAGUUUACAGGGUGGGAGAUUCUGCUGGGUGGACCAUGAUAGACCACCCAGAUUAUAAGAGGUGGGCUUCUACCAAGAGAUUUCAUGUUGGGGAUACUCUCAUUUUCACUUACCUCACGCAAUACCAUGAUGUGAUGGAAGUGAGUCACCAUGACUAUGUUCACUGCAAGACUAACUCUGCAAAGGCCGUUUACCACACUGGCUCUGACUCUGUCAGCCUCACCAAGCCAGGCGAAUUCUACUUCAUUUGUAGCAAUGAUGGCCAUUGUUCUGCUGGACAGAAGCUUCAUAUUAAGGUCCAUCAUAUUUGACAUCCAUCAUUUUAAUAAUCUUGGCAGUUAGGAUGGCGAAGCAUAUUUAUAAGUGUCACUGUCUACUAUUGUUACAGAGUAGUAGUAAUAAUGCUGCAAUUAUCAGGAAUUUCUACCUCACCAUUGCAACUGUUUUUGCACUAUGCAUUUACAAGACUAACAGUCUAACAGACCAUAUUAAUUAGCACACUAAAGAUAGAUAGAUACGGAAUUGUAUGAACAACUAAAUAUUUUCUUGAUUU